AUGAAGACUUGUACAAUUGUUAAUGGCAACAUACAGAUAACUUUAUUAGAUGGGACUUAUUAUACGACUGUUUAUAAUUAUUCAUAUGAAUAUUUAUCGCUACCUUUGUUGAGAGAAGUUACUGGCUAUGUCCUCCUCAAUCAUAAUCUCCUGUUUCGCUCUUUUGCUUAUUUAUUUCCAAACUUGGCCAUCAUUGGAGGUUCAUCAUUGUUUAAUGGAUAUGCUUUGGUUUUAAUGAACAAUUAUCAACUUGAGGAGAUUGGAUUGCCAAAGUUGAAUGUAAUCUUAAAUGGAGGCAUUCGUAUUCAUGGUCAUCCAAAGUUGUGCUACGCAGGCUCCAUUAAGUGGAAUUACAUUAUGAGAAACAGUGAGAGAUUCGUAUUUUCAACGAACAAAGAUCAGAAAUUAUGUUUCAACAAGUGUCCGAUGUACAACAAUGGAUCAUCCAUGUGUCCC